UUUGUUUUCUUCUUUUUUUGUGUGUUUGUCUUUUGUUUGUUUGUUUUAAGAUCUGCAUUUAGUAGUACCCAAGUGCAAGCAGAAGUAUUGAAAUUAUUUUGCUGUGUGAGAUAAAUGACUUUUACACAAUCUAUCGCGCAUUUGUUGUGCGCAUAACUUUAUGGAAAACUUCCUGUAAAUCCAGCUGAUGGACUCGUUGCCGUUUACUCACCUGAACGGUGAUUUAGACCAUGAGACCCUUGCAUCUGAUGUUAUGUAUGAACUGAUUGAUGACGUGACUCUGGGUCUGUGUUUUGAAGUUCAUCGAGCCUGUAAGCACGGAACUUUAUUCCUGGGAGACACUGAUCCCAAGUCACAAAGAGAACAUGAGUUGGUGGAUCGACCAGGAGUGGACGUUUUUGGACAGGUGCCAACAAAGAAACAGUUUGAGUGUGUGUGUCCUAACUGUCAGAGGAAUCUAGCUGCCUCCCGAUUUGCCCCUCACCUUGAGAAAUGUAUGGGGAUGGGGAGAAACAGCUCGCGUAUAGCCAACCGACGACAGGCGGCCAUGGCAAAAGAAAACGAAUCCAGUCGGUUGUCAGUUCUAGGCGAUGACAGCGCAGACGAUGACAAUGACUUGGACUGGAGUUACCAAGUCGACAGAAAAAUCAAAAAAUUAAAAAAGGACAAAAGUACUCAUUCUCCAAGGAGGAACAAAUUCAACAGAUUCCACAGAAAUGGUGACUCCAGUUCUGACAGAUCUGCUACUCCAGAGCCUGGUCUUACAUAUGAACACUUAUCUCAAGAGGAAAGAAAACAGAUCUUAUUUAAUACAUGCGGUGUAAUAUCUGAACAUACCAAAAAAAUGUGUGCCAAAUCUCAGAAAUGCCAUCAACAUACUGACGAUCAGAGAAUGAAAGUCCGCCAGUACCUGUUGGGCCAAUCGGUCAUUGUUGAGGAGGAUGCCACGAUAGACAUCGACAGCCUGGAUGAUGUAGAUAGCAGCCAGUCACUGAGAGACAAUCUUUGGGAUGCUGGAUCCACUGCCUCAUCACCAGCAGAUUCCACAUCCACCAACAAUAGUACAGGGUCCAAGAAGCGAGCAGGAACAAAGAGCUCUAAAUCAAAGAAAAAGAAAAAUAAAUAUGGCGGUGAUUCCAGAUCAAGUCCAUUUGAAUUUGACUGAGGACUGGAAUUAUUGAGAAUUGUGAUUGUGAGUGCAGUCGUCCAGAUGUAACGUACGCCGAACUUGUGAUCACGACUGUCUUCAUCAAAGCACUGCUAAAUAAGUGAAAAAUACUUCUCUCAAGUUAACUGGCUUCAGUCUGGCAGAGUGUUUUGCCCGGGACUGUCUCAUCAGACACUUUGUUGUUUUUUUAUUUGUUAUAUUUUGAAAUAAAACACUUGUUGUCCUA